CCAGUCACUCACUCCCCCAUACCAAAACUCACCGUCCCAACUAAACAACGACAAACUGAAAGCCCAGGAGGCGGCAGCCAACGGACACACACAGAGCCUCCCUCUCUCUCCUCUCUCUCUCUCUCUCUCUCUCUCUGGACGCACUUGCACUUGUCUUUUCAGAGUUUUGGGGUGUAAAUUCCAAAUUCAAAACCCUAGAUUCCUAAUUUCAUAGCCGUUGAUCUUAAAUAAAGUGCAGUUCCACCUGGACUUCCACCUCACUCUCUCUAAACGCCAUGAAAGCAGGUUCUUCAUAGAUUAUUUUGAAGAAUUAAACGUGAUCUGGUAAAAUUAGAACUAAAAGGGGUAUUUGCUGAGCCAAUAGAACAUGGGGACAGGGGAAGAGGGUACUCCUUCUAAGCCUUCCAAACAAGCUUCUACACCUCAGGAAUUACCAACAACACCUUCAUAUCCCGAUUGGUCCAGCUCUAUGCAGGCUUAUUAUGGUCCUGGAGGUACUCCGCCUCCCUUUUUCGCCUCUACUGUUGCUUCCUCAACUCCACACCCCUAUAUGUGGGGAGCCCAGCAUCCUAUGAUGCCGCCAUAUGGAACUCCAGUUCCAUAUCCGGCCAUGUAUCCUCCAGGUGGAGUUUAUGCUCAUCCCAGUAUGGUGAUGACCCCAGGCGCACCACAACCAACCCCAGAGUUCGAAGGGAAGGGUCCUGACGGGAAAGAGCGGGCUUCAACCAAAAAACCCAAGGGAACUGCAGGAAAUGCAGGUUUGGCUGGUGGCAAGGUUGUGGAGAGUGGAAAAGCAACUUCAGGUUCAGGAAAUGAUGGUGCUUCACAAAGUGGUGAAAGUGGUAGCGAGGGUUCAUCGGAUGGAAGCGAUGAUAAUGCUAACAAUCAGGAGUAUGGUGCAAACAAGAAGGGAAGCUUUGACAAGAUGCUUGCGGAUGGGGCAAAUGCACAAAAUAGCACCGGGACACUUGUUCAGGCUUCAGUGCCUGGGAAGCCAGUCUCUAUGCCUGGAACUAAUCUGAAUAUCGGAAUGGAUUUAUGGAAUGCAUCCCCUGCUGGUGCUGGAGCUGGAGCUGCAAAAGUAAGAGGAAAUCCAUCAGGUCCUCCUUCAGCUGGUGGUGCCGAGCAUUGGAUUCAAGAUGAACGUGAACUGAAAAGGCAGAAAAGAAAGCAAUCAAAUAGGGAGUCAGCUAGGAGGUCAAGAUUACGGAAGCAGGCAGAGUGUGAAGAGCUACAAGCAAGGGUAGAGACUUUGAGCAAUGAGAAUCAUAGCCUCAGAGAAGAGCUGCAUAGGCUUUCUGAGGAAUGCGAGAAACUGACAUCUGAGAAUGCUAAUAUAAAGGAAGAACUGACACGGGUGUGCGGACCCGAUUUAGUAGCAAACCUUGAGCAGCAGCCUGGUGGUGGUGAGGGCAACAGCUGAGACGGAGUAUUAGUCUCGCUUUGUAGUAACAGAGAUUUGAUUGAGCUCGGGAAGCCGCGACCCUUCGUUGGAUUGAGCUCGGGAAGCCAUGACCCUUCGUCGGAUUGAGCGUAGAGAAAUUGUUUUCCUUACUAAUUUAUACACUUUUAACCCUUUUCUCUGUAACGGUAACGUUUGUUUGUGAACUUUGUAGCUGAUGAGUUGGAUCCCCGGGAGCCAUGCAGAUUGUUGUAUCAUUGGAAAAAGAGUGUAUAGUAGAUUUACUUCCAUUUGCUGUUUCGAGUUUUUGAAUCGAUGUGUGGCUUCGGAUUCUUAUGCCCCAUUUUCUCUCUUUCUAUACAAGUACAAGCCUUGGGCUCGAGCUCGUAUGC